GUCAUUUCACAAGCCCGUCAAAGACGUAAGACGUACAAAAGUCAAUCCGAUCUCUUUCCGUAGAAACUGAAAGUAAAUGUCCUCUAUAUCCACAAACAUUCUACAAGAUCGCGAAGCCAUUCGCGUCAAAGCACUGUUAUGCGAUGGCACAUGUGUAGAUGAAGGCAUGAAAAGGUGUUUUUCCGUUGAUCCACAUAUCACGUCAUUUAGCAAUUUACAUCAUUUAUUGAAGCGAGCCUUCCAGUUACAAGGUGACUUUGAAAUAUCAUAUCAACUCCCACAGUCGACAGAAAAUGGAAAGAGACCCAAUGUGUUCAUUUCUCUCACAUCAGACUUUGAUCUUGAUGCUGCCUUCAUGAGUUCCUCUUUACCAUAUCUGAGCCUUAAAAUAGAACCUGUUAUUUGCUCAGAUAAUCAUAAUGACUGGACUUUUCUGGAGGCUACAGAAGCACCUCUGACCAACAAUGUUCAAUCCACUGGUGUGUCCUCCACUGUUCCAUUUCAUAUAUCAUUAAAACAUCAAAUGGAACGAACAUUCAACAAGAUCACCAGAGCUUUCAGUGAAUCAACCAGACGGGGGCCUUUAAAGGAGGUGGAAUGGCACUGUCAUUUGGACUGUGAAGGUCGCAUACUUGCCAUUGAUGAGCUGUGGGCUAGAGUCUUUCAAGGAGGUGGUCUUGAACCUAGCUUACGUAAAGAAGUGUGGCCUCAUCUCCUCAAUGUAUUUCCCCCUGAUUUGACUAAGGAUGAGAGAGAAAGACACUUGAAAAUGAAAUCACAGGUUUACUGUCAUCUCAAGUCAAAAUGGAAGGCUAAACAUCCUCAAGAAAUAGAAUCCAUCACACAUUUAAUAAUGAAGGAUGUUUUGAGAACAGAUCGAACACAUCCCUACUUUGCUGUCCCUGAUGAUCAUCAGCACAUGGAUGCUUUAUUUAACAUCUUGACAACCUAUGCCUUAGAAAAUCCUGAUGUAUCUUAUGCACAGGGGAUGAGUGAUCUGGCUGCACCUGUUCUAGUCAUUUUAGAUGAAGAAGCAGUUGCUUAUACAUGUUUCUGUGCUUUGAUGGACAGGAUAAAAGGACACUUCCUUUUAGAUGGUAAAGCCAUGACACUGAAAUUUGAUCAUCUUUCCCAGCUGGUUCAUCACAUGGAACCAGAGUUUUUCAAGUAUCUCAUGAAUAUCGGAGCAGAUGACAUGUUCUUCUGCUAUCGCUGGCUUCUUCUCGACUUGAAGAGGGAGUUUCCAUUUAAUGAUGCUGUCCAAUUAAUGGACGUAAUUUGGAGUUCUCUCACAUCAUCACCAGAAUCAGGCACUCAGACAUCAAAGCUCGAUGUCACUGGUGGAAUACCAACGGGUAACUCUGCUGACACCACUCUUAUGCAGAAUGGUUACAUUGGUUUUGAUUACAAUUUGGAUGUGGUUGAUGAUGACUCAGAUAGUGAUUUGGAGAACAGUGGAUUCUGUCCAUUAACAAUGAAAGCGGUUGAUCAAGAAACCAGACUGCUCCAGCUCCCAGGACCUUAUCAGUUAGGUGGUGGUAAUCCAUUUGUUCUUUUCAUGUGUUUGGCCAUACUGUCACUUCACAAGGACUACUGCAUGCAGAAAGAAAUGGAUUACAAUACACUUGCUAUGUACUUUGACAAAUUGGUUCGAAAGCAUGACCUAGCUAAAACAUUGACUAAAGCAAGGGCCUUAUAUGCUGACUACCUAAGUUCAUGUGGAGUUGCAAAGGAUGAGGAGACACCCAUCAGUGAAGAAUCUAAAGCACCAUGGUGCAGCCAGGAACAUCAUAUUGAUAUCCCACUCCAAACAAACCAUUUUGUUGAAUGUUGAUUAGCUAUACUAUCAAGAUUAGCUAUAGUUCGUAUAGCAUGAUGGUUAGUGAGGGUAGUUCUAAAAAGAACUGUUGUUCAUGACUGAUUUUUCGACAACCUGAGCGGAAGUCAUCUUAAGAGUCAAGUGAAUAGUGUUUGUCAGUCAAUGGUGUUGUAAGUCUGGUCCAUUGAAAGUGAUUGGUCAGUUUAGCCAUAAUGGUUUUGGCUGUAAGACUCGUGUAAAGUUUGUCAGCAGUCAGUAGUCGGUUUCAAUCCAUCUGUUGUCAGUCAAAUCGGUCUGUUGAGGUCUAUCUAUUGUUAGUCAAAUUAAGUCGUUCUGUUAGAAGUCCAUUUGUUGGUUUCAUUUACAUGUACAUCGUAAAUAAGUCGUUUGUAGGGUGCUGGUAGUUGUUGACAUCUGUUAAGAGGUGUUUGUUCUAAAUUAGUGUACCAACCUUCCAGAGUCAGUCAUUCUAGUGAAAAUAGUUUGUACUAUAGGUUAAGCAUUGAGCAGAGUCCCAGUCCAUGUUGUGGUUUGUCAGUUGAUGAUGUACAGCAAUGUGAUUGUUAGCAUCAACAUUUCUCGUUUCUCAUUUGUGUCCAGUCAGUCUCAUGUUAAGGUUUCUGCCAGUCUCACCAAUGUACGAAGCCUGGCAGUAGGAGCAUUUGUUUGAUCUUGUAAACUGCUCCCUGUCUGUUUUUGGGUUCAUCCCUGUCUUUAACAUUGGUCAGUAAGUGUUGCAAUGUAGUUGUAGGUUGUAGUUGUAGUUGGAUGUUGUAGGGCUUAAGUUCCGUGAGAUGGUCUCAGAAGUGCCCAGAUUAAUGUAAGAUAUAGUCAAUGUGGUAACAGGUGUUGGGUUUCUGUUUAUUGCAUCAGCUUCAGUAGGUCGGUGAAUGUUUCAUCAAAUAAAGUCGGUGCUGUAAUUGUUCUUGUGAAAAACAUGUUCAAGGUAUCUGUUUUUGUCAUGUAAGCUGUCCGGUGUGUCACAAACUUGUUGCACUUAUCUCGUCAAAGGUUUGAUGGUCAGGGCUUCAUGUGAAGUCAGGUUGUAGGAUGACUCGUCAAGUAAUCUGUACACUGUCAUUUGUAGUUAAUUGUUGUCGUGGCGUACCAGCCAGUCUAGAAAAGGAAGUUAACAUUUUCUUUUAUUCACUUGACUCUGAAGAUGACUUCCACUCAGGUUGUCAAAACAUCAGUCACCAACAACAAUUCUUUUCAGAACUACCCUCACCCGGACGAUCACACGAUACAAACUACUGAUACUCCUGGGUUCCAACCAUUUGCCAAGAUUAGCUAUGAUCAACAUACUUAGUUGAAUUUGUUAUCUAAUGCAGCAUGAACUACCGAGGAAAACAUUUAACUUUAAGUUUCAAAUAUAACCAACUGAAAAUAUUAAUUCUCCAAUUUUAGAAGACAAAAUUACUGCCGAUGAUAUUAUGUUCAUAAAAACAGAUCCUAGAACUGAUUUAGAGAAAUAUUGGAAAGUUUUGGUUGAGUUGCCUUCAAAAAACCUAGUAAAAGUUUCACCCAGGCUUUGACUCGGAAAAAGCAGGUACUUAUUACCUCCUGUGAGGGAUGACAGAAUAAUUGAUUAUCACCCUAAGUGUCUGUUUUUUUCCAAAAAGUUGAAUUGGAUUCAAGAUUAACUGGCUUAACUUUUGGAUGGUUGCUACUUUCUGGAUGACUAUCAACUUAUAAAUUUUAUUUUACACCAAAUUUAGUGGGUAGGAGAAACAUUCCAUUCAAAACAAAUUAUAAGGUGGUAUGUUUCCGUUAAGACACAGGCAGAAUAUCAUCAAUUGGGGCGCUUUCCAUUCCAUGAAAGUUCCAGUUUGAAUUUCUGGAAAUUUCGAGUGACCAAUGGAACACCAUUUUCCGGAAUUUCCAGAAAAGAGGACAACCUUGCAAGGUAUACCGAGAUUUUCGAAAGUUCUUACUGGAAUUACUGUUCCAUUUGUCUUCACCCCUCCACCCCUCCCCACCCCCCUUCCCCCGAAACUUCCAGAAUUUUCAGUUUAACGGUUCGCUUUUUGGAUAUUCAACAAUUUUUUCGGAUUUUCUGGAAAGUUUUCCAGGAAAUUUUGGUACCAUUUGGGUUCCCUGUUUUGAAGUUUUCAGAAUUUUUGGUUGCACCCUAUGUUUCUGUAUAACAUUAUUAAUUUAUUCAAAUGGUUAGUGGUUUAAAGUGGUAAGUAAUUCAAGUGGCUUAAAAUAAUUAUUUCAAUUUUUUGGAGAACUAUUCGACAUAGCCAAAACUGUUAAAAGAAAAUAAUUUAUAUCUAUAAAUUAUGUAAAAAGAUGUGACAGUGAACGAGAUAGUAAAUAGCACACGAACUGUGUGGCUCACGUCUUCUUUCAGAAGCUACUGUGUUGCUUACGGUUUGAGCAUGGGACACAACAUCAUCAUCAUUAUCAUCAUCAUCAUCAUCAUUAUUAUUAUUAUUAUUCAACAUACGAGACUAGAUUCUUUCAAGAGUUUUAACUAAAGUGGAAGUGUAGAAAAUUUAGUCAGUAAAAUUUGUACGUCAAGGAACCCUUUAGUAAAGGGCUAGUUAAAUUCCAGAUUUAUAAAUAUAUUGUUCAUAGGAUAUUUUUCAAUAAUUAUUGGCUAUCGUGUUUCAUUGGGUGGCUAUUUAUGUAGUUAGCAAGGAAAACAAGCUAUUUUGAUGUAAAUAGUACUGAGCAUACUUUUCAUGAGGUUGAAACUGAAAGAAAAUAAAAUCUUCAAAUGUCAGAUUAGCUGA